AUGGUUCUGCGAAUCCUCUUCCGAUAUCUGGCCAACAAUGAGCAGCUCAUACAGAAGAUGGCCGAAAGCUAUCCUAUGAGAAGGGCCGCCCAGUUGGUGGUCGCAAUGAUGUACAAGACUAAGAACAUGGCUGAGCGUCGUGGAUUGGCUGAUAUGACUCCAGAGAAAUUCAAGGACUUUAUAAGGAUGUUCAAUAAUAAUCUGAAGCAAGAGAUCGAAGGAGUCAAAGAAGAGUUAAAAAAGAAAAAAUGAAAUAUUGUAAUAAAAAUGUGACGUAAGCAAAAGCAGCAAAAA